AGAGUUAGAGUGGGAGUUCUAGUUUGAGUUGAGUUGGAGUUCACCUGUCUUGAAUCUAUCAUCGAAACAUACAUCGAUUUAAGUCUCGCAACAACUCACUACCGAUUGUGUUUCCGCCUCUUGUCGAAAGUGUUUCAUCUUCGUCUUGUCAAGAACCUUAGUGUGCAGAUUAUCAGACAAGAUUCCGCGUUUUUUGUCCGUUUUGGCUGCUGCCUGGCGCAGGCUGCCGCUAUCUACGGUAUUGACAACUUUAGUAGGAGGAGUUCAACACGAACAGCUUCACGUGAUUGGCGCUGACGGAAAGAGUUAUCAACUUCACCAUCACAACAUCACUACGAAGAAUCACAACCAGAAGAUCCGAGACUACACGAAGAUGGUCGUGAAAACAUCCCAAAACGAGAAUUUUGCUGAGGUAGACGUGGAUGUGGGUGAAGUCGCCACCCCUCACUCCUUUACUGGUCGUAUGUGCGCGGGCAGUCGUUGGGAAGAACAUGUGCGCAAGGAUCGUUUGUUCACGGAUCCUCUGUUAUGGCUAUCGAUAAUUCAUUCAUCUUCAACACAGAGGAUGCGCUUUUUUUAGAAAUUUCCUUGUUCUUGAAUUCAGAUAGCACUACGACCUUAUAAUAGUAUAGAUAAUUGCCCUUUUCUCUUUUCUAUCUUCCUUUGGUCUUUCUUUUUUCUAGUUAGGACGGCUCCGCCACAAAAAAAAAAGUAUAGAAACAAAAGAGCAACAUGAAUUACCAGUUACGAUUACAACUUGUUUUAGCGCUUCUAAUUCUGGCAUUCAGUCUAGCAGGUCCUUCUGGCCGUCGCCAGCCUAUGGGAGCUUGGAUUUUGGUACCUCGUACUCGUUUCGGCGACGACUUGCUCUAUGACCGCUACGAAAAUCACGGUGCCCGUCAAUUGGUUCUGCUUGGAGCAGGAUUUGACUCGCGUGCGUAUCGAAUGCCGGGGUUGGAGGAAUUGAAGUUAUGAACAAGUCAGUAUCAUUUUUCUAAUGAAAAUGAAUGGAGUAUCAUGGAGUGCAUGGAGCGCAGACCCAUAUGAGACGCAAGAAGCGCCCCCUUUAGCUCCAUGCAGCUCCAUGCGAUCCAUGCACUCCAUUCCAGGCGAGCUGCGAAACCUUAGAAAUUAUUCUGAUAUGAAUUAACAGAACAAGGCAAUCCUCAUACACUCAUCAAUCUCAUCUCUAUUGUCUCUCACAAUCCCCCUCGUCUUCUAAUCUCCGUGUUCGAGGUCGAUCAGAAAACGACUUUCGACGUGAAAGAGCGCAUCCUCAAGGGUGGCAAGGCUGGCACACCUGCGCUCUUGACUCAGAGUCGUCAUGUCGUGGCCACGGAGUUCGACCAGUCUGGACGCGAUUGGUGUAAGGAUUUGCUCGAUUCCGGCUUUGAUCCUGCUGUGCCUACCGUGUGGCUCCUAGAGGGUCUGAUGAUGUACUUGACGCCAUCGGAUGGACGCCGUUUGAUGCGUGAUGUUGGAAAAUUGUCGUUAUGUUGAUGGAAAAUUGUCGUUUUAUACUUUAAUCGGUAGCAUUCAAAUUGUCCUCACACGAAUUGAAAUUCUUCGGAUCGAUGGCCACCUCUCAUCUACUCGCAGGCGUUGUCUUUCUGGCCAUCAUGAACGAUGGGAAAAGGGACAGUAGAAGUCUGCAUCUACUUACUACACUUAUAGUACCCAAGAAGUUUCUUUUGACUAGACUUCAUUUGAGAUUGAGAAGCACUUCUCUAUCUAGCCAAGUCCAUUUUUCUAACCAAAGCCCCCAAAAGUGUGGUCUUCCACGACGGUUGUUCCCAUGCCUACAUCGCUGAAGGCGUUCGCGUUGCGGGUGCCCCCUUCGUGGGUGGAAGUGAUAACUACGCGGCAGAGUGGAAGAAUGUUAAGGCAGAAGUGACAACGACCGCUGAAACAUCUCCUGAAUUAUAUAUCAUGAUCCUUGGAGUUGGAUCUUCUUUUUCUACUGGAAAAGCGGACCGCCAAGGAUAUGCCGCUCGUCUUCAAGGAAGAUGCUAACGCGGUAGCUCUAAGAAAGAAGGCGGAUUCGAUCAGGGAGUGCAGGUCUACGAUUUCUCCAGAGAUAUCAAGGUGGAUCGAAAGUUAUGAUUUCAAGAAGGAUGAAAGUCUGAGACUGUAACUGUUGUAUCGCUACUAGCUCUUUGUUCUUCCCAUUCGUUCCGAGAUGGAUUCCACGACGCGAAUUAUCAAUCUAUAAGUUGAUCUUGACGGCCGUCGAGGAGGCUGUCAGAAAUGACAUCAGAAAAGUGACAACAGUCCGGUAACCACAUACUUAGGCAGCUGGUACAGGACCUUCGUCUCUUUUCAACAUCGACCUGAAACAUUAUAUGAACGCGGUGAUCCAAUUGGCAAAGCGCUGCGUCCUCUAAUCACAGCCCAGAAAUUGCAUGUGUCGCAGAGAGGAGGCGCUACGCCGCAGCGCUGCCAAGGGAAUUUGCUGGUCCUCUUCGUAGUAGCAGAAAAAUAGAGAAAUCCGAAUCUCUUGGUGGAAAAUAAAUAUCAUGAUAACGAGUUCAAGUACUUGUUUUGAAAAUGGGGGUUGGAGUUCAAGGACAAUGGGUGGCCGUUUAGUAAGUAGUUCAAAUCUAUGAAAAAUUCUUUGUGAAGAUUGUUCGCGUAAAAUCUAGAAGUUGUUCUAUCGGAAAAUUUGAGCACGAGCGGACCAACUACCUCUUAAAAAAUGAUAAAUAAUAAUGUGUGACUUGUUGUAGAUUAUUCUCGGAGCCUGUAAUUGUCAUGAUUCAGCUUAUCAAAUUAUUUGCUAUCUGAAUUUCGACGAGGACUAGGAUUGUGAGGGACAUCAUGGAUGCAGGAGCACGUGCUUGACUCCAUUAAUAGCUAUAUCAAUCAAUCAACUAAUAUCGAAGAUCAUAGUGCUACCAGCAUCGUCUAUUGUCAGGUAAUAGGCUGCUUCACGACGCACUUGGCUUCAAUUUGUUUCACAUUUUUAGAUCUCAACAUCCUUGAGGGAUCAUCGUUCCAUGAGGGUCAGGAACAACAACAUUCUGGGAUGGUAGAGAAGUAAAAAAAUCCACAGUGAUGCGCUAACGUAAUUCCCGAGAAUUUACAAGGUCUCGCGAACAGCUUCUUUUCUACAGGAGUACUUCCUCAUCGUGUGCAGUUUUGAAGAGGAAGGGAGAAUGUCCAAGAUGUGAAUGAGAAAUGAAAUGACUGCUUCAGAAGGGCGGUCAAUGUUUUCCAUCCUAGACCCGACUGCUGGCAUGAAAGACGUCGAAGAUGUGAAUGCAUUCGAUGAGCUGGCCCCGGUUGCUGAAAUGACGCAGCUCCUUGCAACUACAAAUGAUAGAGAUAGAGUGAGUAGGACUUGUUGGCUGCCUUCUCGGUUGCCUCUUCUGUGUUAAUUCGAGCGGUGCCAGUCUGUCCGAUUCGAGCGGUGCCAGUCUGUCCGAUUCGAGCGGUGCCAGUCUGUCCGUGUGGAUGAUGUUUUCAAUAUUUCGCGUUCUAGUGCC